AAAGGUCAAGAAUGGUACCUGUGCUUCUCACACCUGACAUGAUCGCUGCAAUGGAGCUCCUCGCAAAAGCCAGAAGUGAGUGUCAAGUCCGCACAGAGAAUGUGUACUUGUUUGCACGCCCAGGUGUCCUUUCCCAUUACAGAGGCUCUGACUGCUUUCGCAAGUAUUCAAAUAAAUGUGGUGCAAAGUACCCAGAGGCCCUUACCUCAACAAGAUUGCGGAAACAAGUUGCUACUUUGUCCACAGUACUAAAUCUAAAAGAAAAUGAAAUGGAUCAACUUGCCACCUUUCUCGGACACGACAUCCGUGUCCAUCGAGAAUUCUACCGGCUUCCAGAGAGUACCCUGCAGCUUGCAAAAGUCAGCAAACUGUUGAUUGCAAUGGAGAAAGGAAAACUGUCUGACCUGCAGGGGAAAGGGCUGGAUGACAUCGCGAUCAAUCCGGAGGAUGAAGUAGUUACAAGUGAUGAUGAUUCCAGUGGAGAAACCAUCACUGACCCUCAACAACACAAAGGCUCAAGGACCAAGAAUUCUGGGAACCAAAGCCACACACUUUACUCAGCUUCCUGGACAAUAUGGAGGGCACUUCUGCCUCAACCACCCUGGACAAUAUGGAGGGCGCUUCUGCCUCAACCACCCUGGACAAUAUGGAGGGCGCUUCUGCCUCAACCACCCUGGACAAUAUGGAGGGCGCUCCUGCGUCAACCACCCUGGACAGCAAAAACAUCAGCAACACUGCACCAAGAAAGGGUGAAGAACACAGCACUUCAAAUGGUUCAUCCCAAGCAUCCUUAAAGGAGCAUUAAGCAAUAUCUUUUCACUGCUAGGUGUGCUGUUGUGCACUGCCUUUAAACCAAACCAAAGUCUAUGGCUGGAGAUCAACACAGAGAGAGGGAGUGUGACUUCAUGCUGUACUCCAGAUGAAAUUACAACUCUAAUUCUUCACAUGGCCAUUUUUAUGAUGAAUUGUGCUUAUUGCUCCUUUACAGUGCUCCAGUAGAAACUAAGCUGGGAAGGCGAGGUGCAAGUGGACAAAUGAUGAAGUCAAGGCUGUUGAGCGGCACUUGCUUCAUUUCAUAACAAGCUGCAAAGUACCUG